CUGCACAAAACACACAACUCUUUAUCUAUACUAAUUGGNANNCCAUUAAUGGCUCAUUUGGUUUUCUUUGUUUUGAUCUUUGCUGGGCAACUGAUUGGUGGAUUCAGUGCCCAAAGGCAGCAUCCGUCCAACAAUGGAAAACUGAUAACUAUUCUGAGCAUUGAUGGUGGUGGCAUCAAGGCCAUUAUUCCAGCAACAAUUCUUGAUUACUUAGACAAGGCUCUUAAGGCUAAGGAUCCAAAAGCAGAUUUAGCAGAUUACUUUGAUGUGAUAGGAGGAACCAGCACUGGUUCAAUCACAGCAGCCAUGUUAGCCACCCCAAGCUUUGAUCGUCCUACUCGUCCUGCUUAUACUGCUGCACAGAUACUAGACUUCUAUAAACUAAAUGGCCCUCGUAUAUUCAACCAAUCUAGACCAGGAAACGGUUCCCUGUUCGAUGGAGAGGGCUUACAUGAAGCAGCCAGUGAUGCGUUGAAGGAAACACGAAUUGGUGAAGCAUUGACCAAUCUCGUAAUCCCAGCUUUCGAUAUCAAGAAACAAAAACCAUAUGUAUUCUCAAGCUACAAGCUUAAGAAGGUUCCCUACUUAAAUGCCUUUUUGUCUGAUAUAUGCACAUCCAGUUCAACUGCAGCCACUCAGUUCCCACCUUACUUUUUUGAGAAUCACGGUGUUGAGUUCAAUUUGGUUGAUGGUGGUGAAGCAGCUGUGAAUCCGACACAAAUAGCAGUGAGUGAAGUGCUACAGCAGAAUGAGGAUCCUGAAAUUCUAGUGUUGUCUUUGGGGACUGGAGCAACAAAAAUUGAAGAGAUUUAUGAUGCUCGUCUGGCUGGGACAUGGUUUACAGAAACAUGGGCUGUUAUUGAUCCGAAUUUUCAAGGUCGUGCUUAUACAGCAAUCACUGAAUACUAUCUUUCUUCAAUAUUCUCAGGCUUUCAACCUCGCAAUACCUACUUUCGAGUUCAGGAAUACGACUUGAAUCCUGAUUUCUCAAACCCAGUUAAUGUUACACAAGAAAACUUGGAAGGCCUGGAGAAGACUGGAAAACAACUGUUAAAGAAAAAAGUUGUGACGUUUAAUUUGGAUACUUUUGAUUUAGAAGAAGACAAGGAAACAUAUGCUGAAGCUCUUGACAGGAUUGCUGAUAUUUUGCAUGGAGAAAGAGAACGUCGUCGGAGAAGCAAAUAUAUGGAAAAAGGAGAAGAAGCGUAUUUAAUGUCAAUUAUAUGACCUUGUUGUAAUAUCUAUAUAAUAAUAAACUAGAACCAUGAAUAGUGAGUGUACCAAGCAUUUUCCUAUUAUAAAUAAAAAGGUUCCAUGUUACUUUUAAGAA